AUGUUGCAGAAUCAAGAUCUUUACUUGGCGGUACUGGUUGGCCUGGUUAUCGCUGCUUUGGGCCAAGCGGCCUCUCUACAGGGAAGAGUAGUCAAUGGAACCGACUCUAGUGUCCUGAAAUAUCCUUUUGUGGUAUCCAUUCGAAGCUAUGAUGGAGCCCAUUCCUGCGGUGGAUCCAUUAUUACAGAUUACUUUGUGAUGACAGCCGCCCAUUGUACAAAUGGUCGCAGUGCGGAUACUCUAUCCGUACAGUUCGGAGUGACCGAUAUCAGCAUCUAUGGUCCAAAUGUGGUGCGCAUCAUAAAAAUUAUUCAACACGAGGCCUUCGAUCCUGACCACCAAAAUGCCAACGAUAUAGCCCUGCUGCGGGUGGAGGUGCCUUUUGUGUUUGAUGGAAGUAGAGUGGCUCCUGUUAAGUUGCCAACGGUGUCCUUCGCCACACCCCAGUUGGAUGCUGGAGUAGAGGGAGUACUCGUUGGCUGGGGUCUCAAUGAGACCGGUGGCAGAGUGCAGGACACUCUGCAGGAGGUGUUUCUGAAGAUUUAUUCGGACGAGGAGUGCACCAUGCGGCAUAAUGGAAAUACGGAUCCCAAAUACCACAUCUGCGGCGGCGUGGAUGAGGGCGGAAAGGGCCAGUGCAGCGGUGAUUCUGGUGGUCCCCUCAUGUACAACGGAGAGCAGGUGGGAAUCGUGUCCUGGAGUGUCAAGCCCUGCGGGGUGGCUCCCUAUCCGGGGGUCUACUGUAAGGUUAGCCAGUACGUUGACUGGAUCAGAAACAAUCAAAUCGUAUAG